UAUCUUUUUCCUGCAGGUUCCAAGUUUUAAGGUUCGAUCGAAUCAAAAGCUGUUUAAUUUCGCAGCCGUAAGAUUUUGGGUUAUGAUCAUUAUCCAUUAUCCAUUAUCCAUCAUCCCCAUCCCAUCCCAUCCCCAUCAAUCAUUAUCAAGAAAGAGUCUUUCAUUACCGGACCGUUAUUGCAUACACUGCUGGUUGAUUUUGUACAACACUGAUAAAAAUCUCCAUUUUCUUCUUCACCACAGCCACGGCCACGUCUUUGUAUUAUUAGAUAUCCAUCAUAUCAUAUCAUAGGUACCUACCUAAUCAUCAUCAUCAUCCACCACCAUCCACCACCACUACUCCAGUACCACUCGGAUCAAAGAAUACAACAUUCACAUCAUCCUCUCGAUUCAAUUACCUCGACUUUCUCCACCUAUCGACCGUUCACUCCAUUACUUCAUACCUGUCUACCUACAUAUACAUACAUAUAUUGGUACACCAUUGUCCCAAACGCCAUACAUAGGUCCCAUAUCACAGCCUGCAAAUUACGAAAAGAAUUGCCACGAUUGGUACCAAUGAGAUCAACGUCCCUCUCAGAAAACGAAAAGAGGAUUAUCCUAUAAAAACCAGUGGUAUUGCUAGGUACGGAGCACAAAAGAAAGAUACCUACAUUAAUAAAGUUUGAUUGAUUUGGAAAGAUAUCUUACUUUUUUUCCGACUCGACCACCUCUCUCGUCAUCAUCUCUUCUUCAUUUUACCUACCCAGAACGGAUUACCUCUUGUAUCCUGAUUAGUACCUUACCUACGACUUUCAUUACAUUUGAUUUUAUUUACCAAGCACUGACUGGUAUAAAAGAAGUGAAGUGAGAAGUGAAAGAAGAAGUCAUCUUAUUAUUGUAGCUCUGCUGAAGCUUGUUAGCGCCAAUCCAAUCUCGCUAAUUCAAAGGUCCUGAAUGUCCCAUCCUAUUAUCGACACUCAUCUCGUCCAAUCUUCAUUCAAAAGUCAUUCUUUCAAUUUCUCUCCUUCAGGAGCGUCGAGAUUUGUUGAUUGGACAUCAACUUAAAUCAUUCGACGCGUUUUCAAGAUAAAAGUCCUUGAAUUCGACUCGAUAGAUCUUUAUAAAGAUUUAGUCCUCCGAUAAUCUUGUUUUUUUCUUAAUCAAUAUCGAAUUGCCCUCGAUGAGUAAUGAGGUAGCUCAGCCGACUGAGCAAGAUCCUAGCCGCUCAACUUCAUUGGAAGGAACGAAAGGAGUUAAACCACCUACCCUCGACACUUCCAACUUCACCGCAGUUUCCCAACCACCCAGCUCAUCUACACAACAGUCGACUACUCAAAAUACUUUGACAGGAGAUUCCGACAACGGUUUGAAUUCGACUACCAACGUCGAAAAGGAUCAAGGACGAACCAGCGGACCGUUGACUGAAACUCCCAAGAAGAACAAGGACCUACUUAAAGUUCCAUCGAGAUCGUCUUCCAACAAAAUCCAGCAUUCGCCAACUUCCACGGGUUUAAGUGGAGCGACAGCGAGCGAGGGAAGAGAGAGCAUAGGUGGGCGAUCCAAGGAAUCGAAGGGUAGUUUUCUUGGGCGAAGGCGGAAUGGGAGUGCGGCAAGCAGCAAAAUGUCGAUAAAAUCACCUGGAAACCCUACAGGCGCUGCAGGUUCCUCGCAACCAGCAGUUCCAGACGCUCCUUCAGUUCGUCAACCAAAAAAGAAGAAGAGCUUUCUCUCUCUUCUUUGUUGCGGUACUCCGGACCACGCCAAUUCUUUGGAUGCACCUGUUCCUGCCAACAAGGUCUCCAAAUUUAGUUUAAGCCGCCCUACAACAGCUAAGCAACCUGACUCGAGCAAGAUGGGACAACAAGCCAGUGUUCCCGCGGUACCACAAGUAGAGAAAGAGAAUCUGCUGCAACCUCAACAAGCGCCUCAAGUCGAGAGCGGAGAGGAGAAGCAUGACGCAACAAGCUCUCAGGAAACCGCCAAAGCUACCCCCUCCUCCUCGGAUGCCAAUGGAGAGCUGAAUCGUCCAAUCAGUGACGCUCGCGAUCAACCUUUGCCAGACUUGCCCACUGUUGUAGAAGCAGAGCCUACGCUACCUGAGACCGCAAACCCAACAGUAUCUGUUGAUGCUCCAGCGCAGUCUGAAGCGGCAAUCGGAGCUGCAUCUCCAAGUUCGGAUCUGGGACAGCAAGAUGGUGGAGACGAGAAGAUCGCAAACUUGGAUCCAGGAACCACCGAAACCGACGAGGCUCCAUUACCACUCCCAAAAGAUGAACCAAUGGCUGGUCAAACUCUUCCACCUCCGCCACCCGUCCCUCAAAUCCCAACUACCGAAGACGUCACUGAAACGGAAUCUAUAGAGCAAAAACAGCAAUGGCUCUUACCACCAAUUGCACCAAGAUUCAAAGGAAAGAAAUGUCUGGUUCUUGAUCUCGACGAGACUUUGGUUCAUAGUAGUUUUAAGAUCUUACACCAAGCAGAUUUCACAAUUCCCGUAGAGAUUGAAGGGCAAUUCCACAAUGUAUACGUCAUCAAGCGUCCUGGCGUUGAUCAAUUUAUGAAGCGAGUCGGGGAACUCUACGAGGUUGUGGUCUUCACAGCUUCUGUUUCCAAGUAUGGUGACCCACUUCUCGACCAACUUGACAUUCAUCACGUUGUUCAUCAUCGACUUUUCCGUGAAAGUUGUUACAAUCAUCAAGGAAAUUACGUAAAGGAUCUUUCUCAAGUCGGUCGCGAUUUGAGAGAAACCAUUAUCAUUGACAAUUCUCCCACCUCUUACAUCUUCCACCCGCAACAUGCUGUUCCUAUCAGCAGUUGGUUCUCAGAUGCUCACGACAAUGAGCUUUUGGAUCUAAUCCCAGUUCUCGAGGACUUGGCCGGCUCGCAGGUCCGAGAUGUCAGUUUAGUUCUUGAUGUUGCGCUCUAAGAAGGGAGCAAAAUCUUCUUGCAAUUCGCUUGAUAUCAUAGCGGAAGGCGUUUCGGUUGAUACCUUUGGUUUCGUUGUAGAAUGUACUGUUUAAUCUAUAUAAUGGGCCAGCGUGCUGGGUCAGCCUUGGUGCAGGAAGGUAUGCGAGUGGGAGUGAUGGAGGAAAAUUGCUAGAAAGCGAGAGAUCAAAUCACAUUGAUGGGUCGAAAUCUCCGUGAUUGGGAUAUGAGAAAAAUAACAUCAUCUCAAUGGAAGAGCGAACAGCAAAAAAGCGAGCAUCAUACGAUGCACACCGUACAACAACAGAUCGGCCUGUCACAUUCUUUUUCUGCCCAGCAAGAUCUGAGGCACUUUGGGCAGACGCAUAUCCGACAUUUUCAUUUGUCCAACUCUUUUUUUUUCUACUUUAUUAAAACUUCUCGGGGCUUUGCGCAUGGCGCAGACUCUUCAUGUAUCAAACACUCUAUCCACCGUUUUGUGAAUGCUUUGGAGAUAGCAUUCAUCAAAUACCAAAAAUGAAACGAUUCCAUACGACCUUCUACUUUACUUACACUCCAAUUACACCUUUCUUGUAAAUAAUUACUGGGUAAAUAAAAACUUAAUAAUAAUACUAAGAUGCAUUUUUGGGUG